CUUCCAAAUAUCUUCUUUUGUGUCCAGCGGAAGAAAGAAAUUCAUACAGGUUUGGAACAACUUGAGGGUGAGUAAAUGACAACAUUUAUUUUUGGGUGAACUAUCCCUUUAAAGGCACACAAUGUUUAAGUCUAAGAGUCAGAGAGAGAAUAGAUUUUGACAUCCAUGUUUUGAAAAGUCAGCUAUUGUUCAUUGCACCUGUAUUUAAACCCAUAUUCAGGAAGUGUAAUACAACUAAUACAACUGCCAUGUAGUGGCCAGCUGCCCGGUUGGAAGUCAUAAACUUUGUGUCAGUGUUUCUGCAGAGGAACCUCACAAGGCUCUUGAGGUGUCUCUGAUAAUUGCUUCUCUGGUUAAGAUCCAAGGACGUUCCCACAGUAAGGGGUAAAUCAGUGACACCACUGCACAGCACUGAAGCCAGGCCGAUGGAGCUAUCUAGUGGAGAGUCACACUUUCGCCUUCCUUCCCCGCAAACCCUAUAAUGACCUUCCCACGUCUGCUACUCAGCCAUGAAAGAGCCAUUACGCUAAUUACUCUUCCUGCCAUGCAGCAGAGUUGGAAAGAGAAAGGGCGUAAGCGUGUUUUACCUGGCUGGUGAAUUUCGGAAGGGUCGUUCCGAAAACAGUUCAAGUUUUCAUUGGGUGCUGCGGGAAGAUGAAACUGAGAUCGGAAUGUUUGGAGAUGCCGUGGAUAUUGAUUAAGUCCGAGCCUGCUGCAGUCGAUCUUUCUCUUCCUUCUCUCGCAGAUCUCUUCAUCAGCCGGUGUUGGACCUGCAGGCUGCCAGCAGGAGGGGUGCAGGGAGGGGUGAUAGAUAAAUAAAUAACCCAAUAAAGGAUGCAUUGAGAGGGUGUGUGUGUAGCCAAGAGGAGAGGGUGCCUGCUCAAACAGUCCAGAGUCUUGUUGAAGGCUGGCUGCACUGCAGAGCAGGGGGAAAAGCUCAGAGAAGGGACCUUGAAGGAUUUCGGCUGCACUGCAGAACGAUGCCACUGCAGUACAGGACUGACACAGAGGCAUGAGGUCCACCGGCGGACCCCCGUCCUCCUCCUCGCGCCAGGUGAGAACUUAAUUCAGAGCUGAUAUCGGAGGUCUUCAUGCCUCGGGACUCUCUGAUAGGAGAGGGAGGGAAGAGACACAAAAAGAAGGGGAGGGAAGCAGAGGAGGAGGAGGGUGAUGGUGCUGUAUUUUUGGAUAAGGGAUCUCCUGAAUUAAGUGUGGCUGGAAUAAAGAUGUAGUGUGAGCUGGAGGCUGAACAAGGACGGUGCUGUGCUCCACUGUGGUGGAGAGGAGCGGAGCAGACGCCUGGCAGACACACACUCGCACACACUGACUCCACCAGAGAAGAGAGAGAGAGAGAGAGAGACCACCGUCACAGCUGCGGGGCUGGGAAGCCAUUCAUCUCACUUCCUCUCACCUGCUGCCCUCCCUCUUCAGUCCUGGUGAUUCCCAGCCCCCCUUCAUUCCUCUCCCACAUCCUCCCUUUGUCAGUGUCCUGCCUUGCAUCCAAAGUCCUCAUUCUAUCUGGUCCACACCUGAGAAUACACUGGGCAAGAGGCUUUAGCUGGACACCCCCCUACCAACCCGCAACGCACCUGUGACUUCAUACAGCAUUUUUGGAUCCUGUCUACUUCUGUUUCAUCUGAGACCACCUGCUUCUGUCUAGGCUGAGAAUGCAUGAUUACCCAUGAUCAUCCCUACCAUCAAUCACAAGAGAAUCAGACCUGAGAACAAUGUCCUCUGUUAAUCACUGGGAAACUUAUGGAAUAGAAUUAUUAAAAGCAAACUAAGGAUCUGAGAUUAUUGAGCUCUCAUGGAUUGAUCUCCACCCGGGCUGUGAAUAUCUCAUCAUGACAACAAUGCCCUCUCGAUUUGGCACUGCGGUGCGGAUCUUCAUCACCACCCUAUUCGCAGCAGUGGUGCUUUUUGCUAUCCUACUGGCCUAUGUGACCGGUUACCAGUUCAUUCACACUGAGCAGCACCACCUGUCCUUUGGCCUGUACGGUGCCUUUCUGUCCCUCCACCUCCUCCUGCAGAGCCUCUUCGCCUUUCUGGAGCACCGACAAAUGCGUGGCCCCUCCAGACCUCAGCACCUGCGGCGAACUGUUGCCCUCUGCAUCGCAGCCUAUCAGGAAGAUCCAGACUACCUUCGCAAGUGUCUACGGAGCAUUCGCCACAUUUCUUUUCCCGGGCUUAAAGUGGUGCUGGUGGUGGAUGGGAAUCGGCAGGAAGAUUCCUACAUGAUGGACAUCUUCCAGGAGGUGAUGGGGGGAGUGGAGCAGACAGGCUGUGUGGUGUAAGGGAAUUACCAUUGCGACGGGGAUGGAGGAGGAGGGAAAGGCUUGUUGCAUGCCGAGGAAGCUGCACGCGUGGCCAGGGUGGUGCGGAGCUGCCGUUACUCCUGCAUCAUGCAGGAGUGGGGCGGAAAGAGAGAGGUGAUGUAUACAGCCUUCAAAGCACUGGGAGAUACUGUGGAUUACAUACAAGUAUGUGAUUCAGACACUGUACUUGAUCCAGCAUGCACCAUUGAGAUGCUGAAGGUUCUAGAGGAGGAUCCGGAAGUGGGUGGGGUGGGAGGAGAUGUUCAGAUUCUGAACAAGUACGACUCCUGGAUCUCCUUCCUGAGCAGUGUCCGGUAUUGGAUGGCGUUCAACAUAGAGCGGGCUUGCCAGUCUUACUUUGGGUGUGUGCAGUGCAUCAGUGGACCUCUGGGAAUGUACCGCAACUCUCUCCUCCAACAGUUCCUGGAGCCCUGGUACCACCAGACCUUCCUAGGAAGCAAGUGCAGCUUCGGUGAUGAUCGGCACCUCACCAACCGCGUCCUCAGCUUCGGCUACAAAACCAAGUUCACGGCACGCUCGCAAUGCCAAACCGAGACCCCCACGCAAUACCUGCGCUGGCUCAACCAGCAGACCCGCUGGAGCAAGUCUUACUUUCGAGAGUGGCUCUACAAUGCGCUUUGGUUCCACAAGCACAGCCUCUGGAUGACUUAUGAAUCUGUGGUCACUGGGUUCUUCCCCUUCUUUCUGGUGGCUACAGUCAUCCAUCUGUUCUACCGAGGUCGGUUGUGGAACAUCCUGCUCUUCUUGCUGACGGUCCAGCUGGUGGGCAUGGUGAAGGCCACCUAUGCCUGCUUCCUGCGGGGAAGCCUUGUCAUGAUCUUCAUGUCACUGUACUCUCUACUCUACAUGUCAAGCUUGCUGCCUGCCAAGAUCUUUGCCCUGUUGACUAUUAACAAAGCAGGUUGGGGCACAUCAGGUAGGAAAAAGAUAGUGGUAAACCUUAUUGGAGCUGUGCCCGUGACCGUGUGGGCGGCCAUACUGCUCGGUGGUGUGGUUUACACGAUUUACUGCGAGGUGCAAGAGCCCUUCACUGAGACUGAGAAGGCUCUUCUUAUUGCGGGCACCAUCCUCUAUGCCUGUUACUGGCUCAUACUUUUGGUGCUCUAUUUGGCCAUAGUGGCCAAGCGCUGUAACAAAAGAGAGGAACAGUACCACCUAUCCUAUGCCGAAGCCUAGCAUCCAGUCUCUCCAAAAGAUCUCUACAUGCUGUCAGGGCUCAUAUGAAAUGGCCUUGUCUUUACCUGGUGCUGCAAUCCUGGUUAUAAUUAUGGAUCAUGUGUAAGUCCAAGACUGUCAGUUGUUAGUUAUUUUAUAACUAUGUUAGCUACAUGGUUAGCUAUGGCUACAUGAGAGCUUUUGGACACAAUCAAGGGUUUUUGAGUUAAAAUCAGGAAUGGUGCUUUUCGUGAUUAUAAAGCACACAUUAAGGAGGCGCCAGCCAAGGUGGGCACAAAAAGUAGAGCCAAAGGUUAGUGUAAGAGUUAAUGUAGUUAAGCUGACAUGGUCAUAUUCAGUUAAAGUGUUAUAUUGGUGCUUGAACAUUUAAUUAUACAAAGUGUAUACUGUCAAGGUUAGAGAGGUGUGUGCCAACACUUAAAGAAACCUGCAUAAGACACUAACCUGGUCUUACUCGCCAAACCCUGUCAGUAUUUAAAUGUCUUUAAUCUGACAAUCCAGCAUAAUUCUAUAUUUCACCAUUCGAAAUAGUGGUGCUUCUGAUACGUUUGUGAUGUAACAUGAUAGAACAUUGAAGAAAAAGCAAACAGCAUUUAAGUGAGAGUUUUAUGAUAUUCCACAAAGAUUUACUAUACUGUAGGCUUCAUGUUUACAGUUCAAGAUUUUAAGUAACAUCCGGUUCCAGUGAAUAAAUAGUGUCAGGCAACCAAAGAGGAUUUUCUCUAGCAUCUAGAAUGUUGUGUUGCAGCAUGUUUGGGUAGAAAAAUGAGCCAAGUAUUCUUCUUUUUACCUACUUGGCAAACUUGGUUCCCCCAAUCCUGAAAAUAUUGACUUACUGUAAGAACGUUCUGUGAAUUUCAAAGCAUAAAAAGAGGGUUAUAUGAAAAUGAAUAUCCAGUUAUGCUGCCUGAACCUUUUUUUUUUAAUGGUCAUUAAAAAAGAAGAAGAUAAUUUAUGAAAAGUACAUAGGGGUGAAUUCAGGUUGAUUGGGACACUUUUUCUAAGUCAUCUCAAAGGCAAAAAGUGUCCCAAUCAGCCUGAAUUCAUCGGAAUCUGGUCACCCUGACAAGACCCUUUCUUUUAACUUACAAACGUAUGAUUCCUAAUAAUUUAAAUAAAAUGAUCGGUUAGCAAGAGAAAUAAAUAUGAAUCACAUGAACUGAAGUAACUUUUUUUUUUUGUGGUAUGCAAAUUUAGGUGGUUUUAAAGAUUACCUUGUAUGGAGCACCACCCUCAGCCCUCCUAAUGCAACAAUUAGUGGAUUUACUUUGGUAGCAGUUCUCCAUGAAUACAAACGCUAACUUUUUCUGCUCCCUACCCCCCAAAACACACAUUAAACUCUGGCAGAGGUAUAAACACUGAGGCUAGUGUUAGAGAAGAGCUUUAAGUUUAUGAAACAUUUGCGCACUUGACUUUUACUUGUACGUUACAUGUGCUAUAACUGUGUCUUAACAGUGAACUGCUGUGGACUCCUUUAAGGCUGCAACAUUACGUUGAUAACUUUGAAACCUGAAUUAUCAUUUGUUUACAGUCAACCUUGCAAUCUCAUUGUUCACAUUUGUGUGUUUUAAGAUUUUAUGCAAUUCAUUUGUAGACUGGGUGCCAAAAUUUUGAUCUUUGAUAUGCUCCUCAGGAAUAGAAAUCCCUGAUUGCGGGGCUUAAAAAUUAAUAAUAAUUAUACAAAUUGGGUUUGAGCAAUAUACAAGAGGUUGAAACAGCCACAUUUACAGUGAAAAAAAAGCUGUGCUUUUUGCUGUGCUGUCUGCCAAACACAGUAUCAGUACAUUCAUUUUUAGAUGGUAAAGCUUAUUUAACCCAUGAAAACAACUAGGUUUAUAUCAGUCAUUAUAUUGUAAAGUAAUAUAUAUUUUUGUAAAGUAAAAUUCAAAGAUAUUUUAGACAUGCAAAAAUACUGACACAUAUCAGUGUCUGCAUUUCCUAGGAAACUUUAUUUUAUGGAAGACGUUAAAUUAUUUUCAUAACACUGUACAGAUUAGGGAAUUAUAAAUUACAGUAUUCAUAA